ACCUUGAUGUCGUGAUGCUCCUCAUGCCCUUGUGCAUGGUGCACAUAUGCCUCACAUACCAUUGGAGGGCUGGCCAUGCCGAAUAUGGUUUUGUUCAAUCCUUGAUGCGAUAUCCUCAUUUUACGAUGUUCUUGCAUCAAGGAUGAGCUAUUUUUCGGAGUGGCCGAUGGAUGCGGAGCGGUUGCGGAGACUCGUCAUCAUCUGACGCCGUACGACGGCGAACGGAGAGAUAAGUCGGCUGCGUGUUGGAAUGGGAAGGAGCCGGGACGGGAGACGGGGCUUGGUAGGUACCGUCAAAACGAAGCACAUGGAGACACCAGAUACGAAGAAGAACCGUAUCCAUAUGAAUUAUCAAUUCGAUGACACUGAACUAUAAAAUACCCCGUCUUCGAUACGUUCCUCUCCUGUCGCCUGACCAGUCUCUCGGCCCCCCUUAGCAAGCCAAACGCCCUCUUCGCCGUCCAAGUCGCCAAGUCGUCGCCCGACAAAGUCAAGCCAGAGUCAAGACAAGACAAACAUGCCGAACCAAGGUGACGACGCUAUCAUACAGGGACUUGCGGAGGCAAACCGCGAUGAGUACGAGGCAGAGAAGAAGAUGACCCCGACCGAUUCGCUCGACCAGCACUCUUUAACUGCUGGCCAGGUCGACAAUGACUUGCCCGCGCCCACCAAAGAGGACAGGCUUACCCUCCGACGGGUCUCCGGCCGUCUUAACUGGAACACCUAUCUGAUCGCCUACGUGGAAUUAGCCGAGCGCUUCUCGUACUACGGCACGGUCAUCGUUUUCACCAACUUCAUCCAGCAGCCGCUCCCACCAAAUUCCAAGACUGGUGCCGGCGGUGCAGAUGGCCAGAGUGGAGCACUUGGCAUGGGCCAACAAGCCUCCACCGGCCUUACGACCUUUAACUCCUUCUGGGCAUAUGUCACUCCGUUGUAUGGUGCUUACCUUGCUGACACGUAUUUCGGACGUUUCCGCACGAUAUGUGGGGCAAUAGGAGUUGCUAUUGUCGGACACAUCCUCCUAAUAGUUUCAUCGCUCCCACCAGUCAUUGCACAUCCUCAUGGUGCACUUGCAUGUUUCUGCAUUGCUCUGGUCAUUAUGGGCGCAGGCACAGGUGGUUUCAAGAGUAACAUCUCUCCACUCAUUGCGGAGCAGUAUACGCUCAAGACGCACGUCCGUACGAAGAAAUCCGGCGAGCGCGUAAUCGUCGACCCGAACAUGACAUAUGCGCGCAUAUACAUGUACUUCUAUCUUUUCAUCAAUAUUGGUUCGCUCGUCGGGCAGCUCGGCAUGACCUACUCUGAGAAGUAUGUCGGAUUCUGGCUUGCGUUCCUUCUCCCGACAAUUGUCUUCCUCACUGCGCCAUUGGUCAUGUUGUACGGGCGAAAUCGCUACGUGCGCACUCCUCCACAAGGAUCUGUGCUUCCUGCUUCUCUUCGCGUUUUCCGCACAGCCGCCAAGGGUCGCUGGUCCUGGAAUCCAUUCACUACCAUUCGCAACUUGAAGGCGCCAGGCUUCUGGGAUCGUGCCAAGCCAACUAACUACGUGAAAGAGCACGGUGGUUCGGAAAGUGUGCGACCGGGUUGGAUGACCUGGGACGACAAGUGGGUCGAUGAGGUCCGAAGAGGCUUCAAGGCGUGCGAGGUGUUCAUUUGGAUCCCAAUUUACUGGCUCACAUACAACCAGUUGAACAACAACCUUACCUCCCAAGCUGCUACCAUGAGCACACAUGGUCUACCCAACGACGUACUAAGCAACCUCGACCCCUUCGCACUCAUCAUCUUCAUCCCCAUCUGCGAUCUCUUCAUCUACCCGGCCCUCGUACGCUACGGUAUCCGCUUCACCCCGCUCAAACGCAUCACAGCUGGGUUCUUCACUGGCGCAGCCGCGAUGGUCUGGGCAGCUGUCGUACAGCACUAUAUCUACAAAACCAACCCAUGUGGAUACAGUGCAGCGACGUGUAAAGAUGCCGAUGGUAACGCACUCGUCUCUCCUCUCAACGUCUGGAUCCAAACAGGUUCAUACGUCCUUAUCGCGUUCUCCGAGAUCUUCGCCAGCAUCACAAGUCUCGAAUACGCAUUCACGAAAGCACCGAAGAACAUGCGGUCUGUCGUUAUGGCUAUUAACCUCUUCAUGAGCGCUAUUUCGAGUGCACUCGGAGAAGCGUUUGUUAGUCUAUCGACUGAUCCACUUUUGGUGUGGAAUUACGGUGUGAUGGGCGUACUUGCGGCUGUUGCGGGCGUUGGGUUCUGGUUAACGUUUAGGCAUUUGGACGCUGAUGAGGAGAGGUUGAAUGAGUUGAAUGAGGAGGAGGGUGGGGAUCUUGUUGCGGAACGUCAUGUUGAUGAGAAUAGGGAGAAGGAUUGAGGUUGAGAUGACUUGUGCUUGUUCUCACUUUAUUUGGGCGAUUACUUUGGGGUAUUCGUUUAUUCGCUUGCUUGCUUGUACCUUCCUUUCUCCAGCUUAUCGUUCCCUUCCCAUUGUACUAUCCCUUUGUCCCACCUAAAACAAAUCAUUACGACUUGCUCCUGAGAAGCAUAAUGACUCUGCCUGUCUAAUUGUCUUCUUCCGACUUCUUAACAUUUUGUGAUGGAGUACGAUUACGAGUACUUACAAGUGUACUUCUUGUAGAGUAGUUAUAAGAUGAGUCCUUUUUGACCUGACUCUCGCAUUGUG